ACUACCACGGCUACCCCUCUGAUACUUUAGAAGUAGUAAUUACACUGCCAGGGUCUGGCAAGUGCAUCUGUGAACCACUUCCCUCUAUUAGAUUAUUAGCUGAGAGAAAUCUUACCUGUAUUAAAGUAGUUUCUAUAAGCCAGUGGUUGUCAACCAGGAGUCUGGGGCCCCCUGGGAGGCCAUGAGCAGGUUGCAGGGAGGCCGCCAAGCAGGGCUAGCAUGAGACUUGUUGAGGCCCAGAGCAGAAAGCUGAAGCCCCACCACAUGGGGCUGAAGCCUGAGGCCCUGAACCCUGCCACCUGGAGCUGAAGCCGAAGCCUGGGCAAGUUAGCUUUGCGGGGCACCCUGUGGCGUGGGUCUCUGGGCAAUUGUCCUGCUUGCUACCCUCUAACACCAGCCCAAGUUUUUAUACGCAGAAAGCCCAUUGUUGUGGCACACCUGGGCUGUGGAGCAUUAUAGCAUGUUGUAGGGGCCUCAUAAAGAAAAAGGUUGAGAACCCUGAUAUAGGUCUCAAAUAAAGGAUCAAAACCCCAUUGUGGUAGGUAUGGACAGACAGGCAUAUCCCUUCUUCAGAGUUUAAAAGCUUUAGGUUGAGGAAAGGUGCAACUGUGGCAGCUGGAGGGGAAGCAAACUAAGGGAGGACAAAGUAAUAGUGAUACUGAUGAAAUUUAAUGGAGACAAAACAAAGAGAUGCGUUAGUUGGUCCUGCUUUGAGCAGGGGAUUGGACUAGAUGAGCUCCUGAAGUCCCUUCCAACCCUUAUAUUCUAUGAGUUGCAGCAAUCUCAGGUCACCAGCUGCCUUUUGGCAGAACUGCUUCUCUUCAGCGGCUAGAUUCCUGGGAGCCCGGUGAGGUCAUAGCCUUGCAGUAUGACAUCAGCAUCGUGCUGGCAUGAUACCAAGGCGCAGUAUGUUGAUUCACUGCACAGUGGGGGGCAUGCAGCACAACACACUGAUGUCAUGGCACGGCACAUCACAGUGAAGUCACUACACCGCAGUGUGCUGAUGUCAUGGUGUGACACGGUGAGCUCACGGCAAGGCCCGCUGAUGUCACCGCGCUGCAGGACGCUACCCCUCCGCGGUGGGACCCAGCGCUGGCAUCACCCCUUAUGGAAGGAAAGGGAAAUCUCGCGAGAGCCCAAGCCAGAGUUUGGUGCGACUGCGCGGGAGGAAGAUGGCGGCGGCGGCGGCGGGAGCAACAGGGGCGCCGGCGCCGGAGGAGGGGGAGGUGGCGGCGGCGCCGGAGGGCGCGGCCGGGGACCCCCCAGGACCCCCUGAGCAGGGCGCUGGGGACUCCGAGACGGGGGGGGACACCACCCUGGUCGAUGUCACCGCUGGCUUGGAGACCGAGUCCUCUAAUGGGAAGGAUCCUCUGGAAGGUGUUGGGGACAGUUCUGAAGUCUUGGACACUCAGACGGGUUCAGUGGAUGAAGAGAAUGGGCGACAGCUUGGAGAGAUAGAGCUGCAGUGCGGGAUUUGUACAAAGUGGUUCACAGCGGACACCUUUGGCAUUGAUACUACGUCAUGUCUGCCUUUCAUGACCAACUACAGUUUCCAUUGCAAUGUCUGUCAUCACAGCGGGAACACAUACUUUCUAAGAAAACAAGCAAAUCUGAAGGAAAUGUGCCUUAGUGCUCUGGCCAACUUGACGUGGCAGUCAAGGACACAAGAUGAGCACCCAAAAACUAUGUUCUCAAAAGACAAGGAUAUUAUACCAUUUAUUGACAAGUACUGGGAGUGUAUGACAACUAGACAGAGACCUGGUAAAAUGACGUGGCCAAAUAACAUUGUAAAAACAAUGUGUAAAGAAAGGGAUGUGUUCUUGGUGAAAGAGCAUCCAGACCCAGGUAGUAAAGAUCCUGAGGACGAUUAUCCAAAGUUUGGGUUACUAGAUCAGGACCUUGCUAAUAUUGGUCCAGCAUACGAUAACCAGAAGCAGAGCAAUGCUGUAUCUACUAGUGGAAGCUUAAAUGGUGGAGCCUCUUUGGGAGGAGGCAUUCCAGCAGGAAGUAGUGGGAAAGGAAGAGGAGCAAAACGCAAACAGCAGGAUGGAGGGACCACAGGAACAGCCAAGAAAACCAGAAGUGACCCUUUGUUUUCUGCUCAGCGCUUGCCACCUCAUGGUUACCCUCUGGAGCACCCCUUUAAUAAAGAUGGAUAUCGUUACAUUCUGGCUGAGCCUGACCCCCAUGCGCCUGACCCAGAGAAACUGGAGCUAGACUGCUGGGCAGGAAAACCUAUUCCUGGAGAUCUCUACAGAGCAUGUCUGUAUGAACGAGUCCUCCUAGCAUUGCAUGAUCGAGCACCUCAGCUAAAGAUCUCUGAUGACAGACUGACGGUUAUCGGAGAGAAAGGAUACUCCAUGGUACGAGCCUCGCAUGGGGUGCGGAAGGGAGACUGGUACUUUGAGAUAUCUGUAGAUGAGAUGCCUCCAGACACAGCUGCCAGACUUGGCUGGUCACAGCCACUAGGGAACCUGCAGGCUCCCCUAGGCUAUGACAAGUUCAGUUAUUCCUGGCGCAGCAAGAAGGGAACAAAGUUUCAUCAGUCCAUAGGCAAACACUAUUCAGCUGGCUAUGGGCAAGGAGAUGUACUGGGGUUUUAUAUCAGUCUUCCUGAAGAUACAGAGACAGCAAAGUCACUGCCUGAUACCUAUAAAGAUAAGGCUUUGAUCAAGUUCAAAAGUUACUUGUAUUUUGAAGAGAAGGACUUUGUGGAUAAAGCAGAGAAGAGCCUAAAGCAAACUCCUGGAAGCCAAAUAAUCUUCUAUAAAAAUGGUGUCAGCCAAGGAGUUGCCUUUAAAGAAAUUUUUGAAGGUGUUUAUUUCCCUGCCAUUUCUUUGUAUAAGGGCUGCACGGUUUCAGUAAACUUUGGACCGUACUUCAAAUACCCUCCAAGAAACAUCACUUACCGCCCUAUGAGCGACAUGGGCUGGGGUGCUGUUGUAGAGCACACAUUGGCAGAUGUCCUGUAUCAUGUGGAGACAGAAGUUGAUGGAAGACGAAGCCCACCGUGGGAGCCCUAGAGGAGAUGCUGUAUAUACUGAUUUCUUAAACACUGGACAAACAUUGUUUAUUUCUAGAGAAUUGCAACAUCAGUUUCUGAACUGUCACUACUUUGUAAAGGAUGAACCAGGCUCAGCUGCUACCUAACUGGCAGGUAUUUAUAGAGGGUUUGGGUUAUUGGGGGUGUACACUAUAUUUUGAAAACCCAGCCUCUGCCACCUGGCAAGUGACUUGUUACAUGUAUUGUGCUACUCAUUGGUGUCUUCUGGAGUGAGUAUUUGAUCAUAUCACAACUUCAUUUAAUAUCCAGAUUAGUCACUGCACCAGGAGUAGGCAAUAGCCACACAGCCCUGCUUCAUCAUACAUUUCAAUUGAGCAGUUGUAGCCAGAUACCUUAACACAGGUUAGUAGAAGCAGCUGUGUUGAAGGAUUUUUAAAACUGUAAACAGCUUCCAUACAAAGGGAUCUUGCUGUACCAAAAGUACUAUGUAAAACUGAAGUUAUGGGGGAGAGAUUGCGAUUAUUAUAUUAACUGGCAACCAGUUUAAAAUAAAACCUUUCCCCAAGCUUGU